AUGGGUGAUCAGAAUCAUAAUAACAAUAAUAUUGAGCAACAGAGGGCAAUUCAGGAUUAUUUCAAACCCCCAGUUCAGGAACACUAUUCAGGUAUCCGGAGGCAGACUGUCAAUGCCAACAAUUUUGAGCUGAAGCCUUCCUUGAUCUCGAUGGUUCAACAUAAUCAGUUUGGGGGAUUGCCCAAUGAGGACCCAAACACUCACUUGUCCAUGUUCUUGGAAGCGGCUGACACGGUAAAGAUUAAUGGUGUCACUGAGGGCACCAUUAGGUUGAAAUUGUUCCCAUUCUCUCUUCGGGACAAGGCUCGACAGUGGUUGAUAUCACUACUGACGGGGAGUAUUGGCACUUGGGAAGAGAUGACUGAGAGGUUUCUCACAAAGUUCUUCCCACCAUCUAAGGCAUCCCAGUUGCGGAGUGAGAUUGGAUCUUUCCGCCAAAAUGACUUUGAGCCGUUGUAUGAACCUUGGGAACGGUUCAAGGACUUGCUCAGAAAAUGUCCUCAGCAUGGGUAUGACGAGUGGAUGCUGAUUGUCAGGUUCUAUAAUGGGUUGAAUGGCCAAUCGAGGACUAUUGUUGAUAGCACUGCAGGUGGAUCAUUGAUGGUAAAGUCUAUUCCAGAGGCCUACAAUUUGCUUGAAGAAAUGUCUACCAACAGCUAUCAAUGGCCUUCAGAGCGUUCAAUAUCGAAAAAAACUGCUGGUAUUCAUGAGAUUGCAGCCUUAACUAACAGAGAAGCGUCAUCUAGCAGAGAGGCAGUGGCAGGUGCCAGUAGACUUUUUGCACAGGAUGAGUACACUCAGGAGCAGGUUCAGUUUGUGAACAACAGGAACUUUAACUAUAGGCCCAAUCAAUUGCCCAAUCACUAUCAUCCUGGCUUGAGGAACCAUGAGAAUUUCUCCUAUGCCAACAAUAGGAAUGUUUUGCAACCUCCUUCGGGUUUCAAUCAACAAGUGGUGGAAAAGAAACCUUCUGUGGAAGAUUUGUUGAGUACCUUCAUUGUUGAGACUAGAGGGAGGUUUAACAAGGAUGAGGCUAGACUUGACAACAUUGAGACACAUUGUAACAACAUGAAUGCAACCAUGAAGUCUCUUGAGGUGCAAAUUGGUCAACUAGCUAAUGUGGUUAAGGGGCAAUCAUCUGGCAAGUUCCCAAGUGAUACGGAGCCUAAUCCCAAAGACCAUUGCAAGGCUAUCACCUUGAGAAGUGGGAAAGAAGUUGAGGCUCCUAAGCCCCAAGAGGAUAAAACCGAGGAAGAAGAGGUAGGAACCGAGCAACUGAAGGAAAGUGCAAGGCCUAAGUCAAUCUCUUUUCCAGAUAAUCCUCCUCUCAUUACUCCUACCCUCCCGUAUCCGCAAAGAUUCAAAAAGAAGAAGUUGGAUGCUCAAUUUUUGAAAUUUUUAGAGAUUUUCAAGAAGAUCCAUAUCAACAUCCCCUUUACAGAUGCACUUGAACAAAUGCCUAAUUAUGUCAAGUUUAUGAAGGAUGUCAUGGCAAAGAAGUGGAGGUUGGAGGAUUAUGAGACCGUCAAGCUAACAGAAGAGUGUAGUGCUAUCCUUUAA